AUGAACAAUGCAUUGGCAGUUUUUCAAGAGAUAUCCUCUUUAAUUUCAUUGAAUAGUUUAUUUAAUAAAUCAAUAGAAAUAUAUGAUACAAUUAUAUCACUUGAUCAAACAAUAUUUACUCAAUUGGAAAAUCAAUUAUCUAAAUUAACUAUUGAAGAUAAUGAAAUAUUUUUAUCUGAAAAUGAUUAUUUAUCUUCUUUAUUACUAUUUCUUCUCGAACAUAUUCCAAUUGAAAUCAAUCUUAAUUUAUUAACAUCAACUCAAACUGAUUAUCAUCAAAUAACUCCAUCAACAUCGAAAAUCUAUAAACCAGAUAUUAUUCCAAAAAAUCAAAACAUAGUUCGAUAUUCAUCCGAAUCACAACGAAUUCUUAAUCAUCUAUUUAAAUAUUUCCAAGUAAAAAAUUUAGAAGAAUUUCUUCUUUUAAAACAAAAUACUCAACCGAUUUAUCUUCAUUGUCUUCAUCAUCUAACACCAUUAUUAUUAAAAACUACAUAUAAUCAAUAUCCCAUUGCUAUUGAACUAUUUGUUCAUAUUAUUACAUCAAUGAAUCAAUCAUCUUUAUCGGAUAUAUUUGAUAUUAUAUUUCCUGUUUGUUUAAUAACACUAGAUGACCCAACAAUGGAUAUGAAAUUAAUUAGUCUUUAUUUAAUUGAUUAUUUACAAAAAAAUUGUACAACAACAGAAUUAUUAUUAUUCAAUCGAGCAAAUGUUAUUAUGUAUGGUCUCGAACAAAAUUUACAUCGUCGUGGUGAUAAGAUUAUAUUUUUUGAAUGUUUAUUAGCAACGACCUUUCGUUGGUUAAUAAUUCUUGAAAAUGAAAUUUAUGCUGGUAAACAUUUAUUUAUACGUACAAGUCAAUUUAUUGAAAGAUUUAUUCGUGAUAGUUUAUUAGAAAUUAAUAUUGAAUAUCGUCGUUCAUUAUUAAAAAUUUUACAACAUUAUAUAAAUCGUCUUGAAUUAUUUGCUCUUCGACAUUUAAAUCAUUUUCUUGAACUUAUUGAUGAUUCAAUCGAUAAUCGUUUAUUAAGAUAUGAUUCCUUACAAAUACUUUUAAUAAUUAUUCAAACACUUAAACCGAGAAUUAACAUUCAUCGAUUGAAUAUUAUGAAAAUAAUAAUUCGUUGUUUAUUUAAAAUUUUUCAUGAAGAUAAACAAAAUAUAUCAAUUAUAAAUCUUUUGAAAAAAUUAUUAAAAGAAUUUCAAUUAUCUACAAUGAAUAAUUACGUACAAGAUGCAUUUCAAUCAUUAAUUCAAACAUCUGAAUUAGAUUUAUCAUAUCGAGAAUAUUUACAAAAAUUUCUCGAUACUAUCGAAGACAUUUAA